GGUCAAAGGACAGACACCGUCUCCCUUUGGGGGCCUCUGCACCAGACCUGGCUCUGGCUUGCUUAUCGUCGGGCACCGAACGGUCACUCUGCGGCCAGGGAAGUCUCCAGUACAGGCUCAAGAAGACCUUCUUAUUUAUGCGUUUAUUCUUUUGACGCGGGCCAUUCAUGACAGGUGGGAGAGGUGAGAUUCGGACGGUGGGAGCCUCGCCCCUGCCCAGGUAGGGAGGCCACGAACCGCCUCUCAGGGCUCGGCCUCAGCAGGCGGCGGGCAGUCCCAUCACCCCGCCGGCAAGCGCUUGGGACCCAGGCGCCGCCCGCUCUCCGUGUCCCUAGCCGUCGCUAGGCGCGCGCGGCGGACACCACGCUCAGGUUUGGCCAGCGCCAGUCCCUGGCCCGGAUCUCGCGCUCCAAGUCUUCCCAGCAACAAGCGGGCGGCCAGGCGGAGACUCUCGUCCCGAGGGCGGGUGCGGGUUCUCGCCGCCGGGCUUGGCCCCCUCCCCGGGAAAUCCGCACGGAGAGUGAGAGCAGCGGCAGCAGCGGCUCCGCUCUGGGUCCCAGGAAAGAAGGCGUCCGCAGGGCUACGGAGGUCCCGCCGGGAGGGCGGAAGUGGUAAGACUGACGUGUCCUGGGCUGCCCUCUCGAUCGCCGGGAGGACCCUCCCCGUGGGGACGGGCGAGCCGUGCCUCCUGGGUCUCCAGAGCUGGUCCUGGCCUCUGGCUGGAGAAAGCUCAUUGGGGAGGACUUAGCUGAGCCGAGUGCGGAUCCAGAGUGGCGUGGCCGCAGACACCGCCAUCAGGCGCAGCGGCGGACAACCCCGUGGAGGCCGGUCGCCAGGUCCUCUCCAACUCGCCGCCGCCGCGCCGCUCAGGGGGAGACCCCGGCAGAAGCCCAAGGGCAGCUACGGGGCCGCAGAGGCCGCCGGCACCGCCUCGGCCAGCCCUUCCCGCGCCCUUCCAGUCUGCUCCCCUGAGAAGAUACGUCACAAAAGCCUUAGCCUGGGUGAAGUGCUGGAUGGGGACCGUAUGGCUGAGUCUUUGUAUGAGAUCCGCUUUCGGGAGAAUGCGGAGAAGAAAAUUCUGUGCCACAUGCAGCUCAGUUCUGCACAGGUGGAGCAGCUGCGCCAGGCCAUCGAGGAACUGUACUACUUUGAAUUUGUGGUAGAUGACCUGCCAAUCCGUGGCUUUGUGGGCUACAUGGAGGAGAGCGGCUUCCUGCCACACAGCCACAAGAUAGGACUCUGGACCCAUUUGGACUUCCACCUAGAAUUCCAUGGAGAUCGAAUUAUAUUUGCCAAUGUUUCAGUGCGGGAUGUCAAGCCCCACAGCUUGGAUGGGUUACGACCUGAUGAGUUCUUAGGCCUUACUCACACUUAUAGCGUGCGCUGGUCUGAGACUUCGGUGGAGCGUCGGAGUGACCGGCGCCGUGGUGAUGAUGGUGGUUUCUUUCCCCGAACACUGGAAAUCCAUUGGUUGUCCAUCAUCAACUCCAUGGUACUUGUAUUUUUACUGGUGGGUUUUGUGGCUGUCAUUCUAAUGCGUGUGCUACGGAAUGACUUGGCUCGGUACAACUUGGAUGAGGAGACUGCCUCUGGAAGUUCUGGUGAUGACUUUGACCAGGGUGACAAUGGCUGGAAAAUUAUCCAUACAGAUGUCUUCCGCUUCCCUCCAUAUCGUGGUCUGCUCUGUGCUGUGCUUGGCGUGGGUGCCCAGUUCCUGGCCCUUGGCACUGGCAUUAUUGUCAUGGCGCUGCUGGGCAUGUUCAAUGUGCACCGUCAUGGGGCCAUUAACUCGGCAGCCAUCUUGUUGUAUGCCCUGACCUGCUGCAUCUCUGGCUACGUGUCCAGCCACUUCUACCGGCAGAUCGGAGGCGAACGUUGGGUGUGGAACAUCAUUCUCACCACCAGUCUCUUCUCUGUGCCUUUCUUCCUGACGUGGAGUGUGGUGAACUCGGUGCAUUGGGCCAAUGGUUCAACACAGGCUCUGCCAGCCACGACCAUCCUGCUACUUCUGACGGUUUGGCUGCUGGUGGGCUUUCCCCUCACCGUCAUUGGAGGUAUCUUCGGGAAGAACAACGCUAGCCCCUUUGAUGCACCUUGUCGCACCAAGAACAUCGCCCGGGAGAUCCCACCCCAGCCCUGGUACAAGUCUACUCUCAUCCACAUGACUGUUGGAGGCUUCCUGCCUUUCAGUGCCAUCUCUGUGGAGCUGUACUACAUCUUUGCCACAGUAUGGGGUCGGGAGCAGUACACUUUGUAUGGCAUCCUCUUCUUUGUCUUCGCCAUCCUGCUGAGUGUGGGGGCUUGCAUCUCCAUUGCACUCACCUACUUCCAGUUGUCUGGGGAGGAUUACCGCUGGUGGUGGCGAUCAGUACUAAGUGUUGGCUCCACUGGCCUCUUCAUCUUCCUCUACUCGGUUUUCUACUAUGCCCGGCGCUCCAACAUGUCUGGGGUGGUACAGACAGUAGAGUUCUUUGGCUACUCCUUACUCACUGGUUAUGUCUUCUUCCUCAUGCUGGGCACCAUCUCCUUUUUUUCUUCCCUAAAGUUCAUUCGUUAUAUAUAUGUAAACCUCAAGAUGGACUGAGUUCUGGAUGGCAGAACUAUUGCUCUUUUCUCCCUUUCUUCACCCCUCCACUGAGCUCUCCCACCAGCUUCUCUUUUGAUUGAGUGACUCAAUUGUGUGAUGGCAUUGUUGCCUUCCCCUUUGCCCUUUGGGCUGCUUUUCCCAGAGAGGGCCUGCAAAUUAUAAAUCUCUAUUAUAUAAGGAGUAUAUAUUUGAACUUUUUAAGUUGCCUUUAGCUUUUGGUCCUGAUUUUUCUUUUUACAAUUAUCGAAAUAAAAUUUAUUAAGAAAAAGG